AUGGGAAGUCCUUCAAAGAAGAGACUGCGAAAAGAGGCUCAAUCAGGCCUCUCAGGGGGAGAUAGGGAGGCGGACGACGCAGGGAAGGGCAGGACUGGUGCUAGUGGCGCCUGCCGUGCCAUGGGGGCGGGAGACGAAGGCGAGGGCGAGGCGGAUAGAAGCCAAGAGGCCAUCGAGUGCCUGUCAAUUGGCUCGCACACAUCUGAGCGCGAAGACGAACUUUUGGCGGAGGGUGAGAAUCUGAGCGGCGCUGCGUUGAGGGCUUUCUUGCAACAGAAUUUCGUUGACUACAUAGAUCGGAAGAUACCACAUUUUGCUGAUUUAGAGGAGACAGAUGUGUAA